UCUGGGGCCCAGCAGGCCGCUUCCUCUGUAACCCUCUUCCCGCCUUCUUCGUUUCUACCACGUUUUAUGUGCGUGGGUCCAAAGGUCGUCGGCUAAGCCAGCUCAAACCGCUGGAAGGGCGAGGGGGCCCACAAUUGCUCCUCUGUUCUCUUAUAGGAUCAAAAGUAUGGGAAGUCCCUGCGCUGUUUUGCUGGGAGGCCAGAAGCGCAAUCUGCACUUGCGCGAGCCGCCGCGAGGCGCGAGACUCCGGGCGUGAGCUCCGCCCCCUCCCCCGCACGCCCGGCGCGAGAUCCGCCGGUUCUCUUCCCCCCGCCCCCUUACGGCGCCUGGGUAAGGAGUGCCUUAGGCCGUGGCACGCGUGCGCGCGGAGCGCUGGGAGCCGUUGUUAGCCUCACUGCGGGGGCCCUUGCCUGCGCAGAUGACCGCCAGGGCCCGGGCGUGGAGGGUAGCGGGAGCCCGCCUUUGGGCGGGCUAGAUAGGCCCCUAAAUCACCAGCACCCUCAGAAGAGCAUCGCCCCCUGAAAUCCGGCUUCUUCCACCGCCUAAACCAUAAGACGCCCACCCGGCAGUGUUACUUGAGCUCAAACAAUCUCUAACAGGAAGAAGAACCUUCCAUCUAAACUUUGGAAGAUACCAAAAUGAAGUCAUCAAGAGCUAAAAUCGCAACUUUUUCUCUGGGCACGGAAAAUUCAGAAUUAGCUUCUAAAAAAGUUUCAACUCUUUCAGCAGGAUUUGCUAAAGCAAGGAAAAAAAGUAGCACAAAAUUUAUCAAUGAAAAUGAAUUAAUGAUCCUUGCUCCUCCCCCCGUAGGAGAAUCAAUGCUAAAACAUGCCAUUGCAAUUCCAUCUGAAAAUACAGAGAAUGCUUUAGAUGAUGAGCAAAUUGUUAGGCAAGUUACUAAACAUCUUCAGGAGAUUUCUUCUUCUUUAGAAGAAACUUAUGGAUUUAACAUUGAAGAAGAUCGGUUAGCAGAGAGAGUACCAAGGCCAGAAGGAGAAGAACCUCCACCUACAGAAGCAGAAGAUAUGACUUCAUUCUUAUUAUUAUGUACAUCUCUUGCAAAACAGCUUGAAGAAGCAGUUAAAGAAGAACAACAGAUAUUGGAAUCUCUUUUUAAGUGGUUUCAAAAAGAGGUCUAUCAUGUGGAAGAGUUAGUUAAAGAACAAAAUGUUUCGGACUGGGAGCUUCCUUUGCCAGAUAAAGCAGUAUCUUCAAGUAUUGGCCAAGUCAUAGAACGUUUGCAAAAACUUGAACAAUUAAGGAAUUGCCUUGGUACUGUGCCGAAGGUUACCCGAAGAGCUGUAGCUGCAAAACAGAAGCAGGACAGCCAAUUAGAAACAUCCCAAAUUUAUGAAGAUGUAAAGAAGAUGAUUGAAGACUUUGGAGCAAAUUUUGAAAAUGAUGAGUUCAUAGAAAAUAUCAUGGAGAUUGCAGAUAAUGUGUUUUUAACAAAAUCUACUGAAUCAAAGGAUCUUCAGUUUCAAGAAAUGUUUAAAAUAUUUGAAAAACAGGCAACUAAGUUGCAACGAAUAAUGAAUGAACUAGAUAAUCUUGAGUUUAAAUACAAGUUGAUUCAAACUGAUUUAGAUAUAGUAACAGAAGAAAGAAUGAUAUUAGAGAAUGAACUCAAAAAAAUUAAGGGUCCAGAAAAAACAGAGCAGUUGCUACAGAAAGAAAAGACACUCUUGGAGUUGCAAAGGAAAAAAUCAGAAAAAAAAGCAUCCAGAGACUCAAGUAAAUUAGGAGAUCUAGAGAGAGUCAGCAUGGAUUUCAGUACCAGGACCUCUAGUGGCUCACUUUCCCUACCUUUGGAAGGUCAAAAUGUUUCAGCUUCGGAUGUUCCACCUAAGAGCAGCAAAGAACAAAUUCUGAAAGGAAGGAGAUCAGAAGGUUUUGGGCAAAUCCCUUCGAAGAGAUCUUCUCUAAUUUUAACAAGUUCUGAUGCUGCUAAAUUAAAGGAAGACUUGUUUCAAGCUCAGAAAGUAGUAAUUUCUCUGGAAAGUGAGAACAGAUUUCUUCAGGAGCAAUUGAAAGAUGCUUUACAGGAAGUUGAAAAAGUAAAGAAAGAUCUUGAAGCAUCACAUACUGAACUAACAAAAGAAGGUGGAAAUGAUAAUGAAAGCAUAAUUUCUAAAAAAUCCAAGAAAGGUAAAAAAGGGAAAGGAGAGUCAAAAAAAGGAAAAAAAGCCAAAACAAAAAAAACAUCACAGUUCCCCUGAACUACAUGGUAAGAAUCAACAGAGGAGAUAAGAACAUUUAAUUGGAAAUCAGAGUUCUGAUAGCCAUCCCCAUUACAGAAAGUUCGAAGAUUUCCCAUGAGUAACAAUUUAGAGUCAACAAUACAUGGACAGAGGCCGCAAAUACCAAAACAACAGGAGAAAGAUCCUAAUAGAAUUUCUGAAGUACUUUGGAAAGUCUUCCAAACCUACAGAGAAUGGAAGGGAACGAAGUAAGGAGAGCCCCACCUCAAAGAUGAGUGGUGUUGCUGUACAAUAAAGUACAAUUGUUUAAGCUUUACAACAUUUAGCAAUUUAUUUGGUCAUAGAGAAUAAGUUACUGGCAGAGAUUUAAACA